UUUGCGGACGACACAACUCUUAUUCUCUCGCACCACGACCCACGUUCCCUCGGUCAACUGAGCUCCAAGGCAAUAACAAGAAACAAUCAAUGGAUGGUCCGCAACGGUCUGAAGCUUAACGCUUCUAAAACUAAAUUCAUCCAAUUCGGGAGGGACGCACCGGACUUGGCGAUAAGGAUCCACAACCCGAACUGCUCAGACGCCAUUCUGUGUAUGUGCGAGAGAAUCGAGAUGGUGACUUCGCACAAAUUUCUGAGGCUUCUCGUGGACCGAGAUCAGAGGUUCAAUUUACAUGUCGAGGCAGUAUGCGGGAAAAUCCGGUCGGGCAUAGCUGUUCUCACAAGGCUCAAAUACGUCAAUUCAACCUCGCUGAAGAUAUCAAUUUACUUCGCGCUAGUGGAUGCCCACAUCCGUUAUAUGAUCCAAGUCUACGGUGGCACUAAUGAGUCAAGGUCGUCGGAAAUCCACGAACUCCAGAAGAAAGCCGUUAGAAUUGUCCUCAACGAACCAUACGAUGCUCACUCCUCUCCGUUAUUCAAGCUCAACAUCUUCGAAUUCAGAAAGCUCUACGCGUUCAGCCUAGUCGUUUCGCUCAUCUCCACAAGCCCGGCUCUCCCGAAACCGAAACAUGAUCAUCGAACACGUUUCAAAGUGACGGGUUCCUUGGCUUUGUCGACCCGGAUGAAAACACGCAAUAGGAGAACGCCGAUCGCGAACUCCAUCAAGCUCCACAACAGCCUCCCAUUCGAAAUCCGGAACUAUACAGGCAACUUCCUUGUGUGUACGAGAGCUCAUGUUAGAUCUUCGAUCAAACAUUACUUCCUGAACCUGGACCUAGACGUUAUAGGUAGGAUACUCUACUAG